UCCCACCCCAUUCACUCGAGCGCCGAGAGCUCCCUCCCUCCCUCCCUCCCUCCUCUCGAACUCUCCAGUCCCCCUGCGCCCUCCCCGCCGCCGCCGCCAUGGCGAUCACCUCCCAGGUUCCCGACAUCAUGGGCGAGCGCCAGUCCGGCCAGGACGUCCGCACCCAGAACGUGUCGGCGUGCCAGGCGGUGGCCAACAUCGUCAAGUCCUCGCUCGGCCCCGUCGGGCUCGACAAGAUGCUGGUGGACGAUAUUGGUGAUGUCACGAUCACGAACGACGGGGCCACCAUUUUGAGGAUGCUGGAGGUCGAGCAUCCGGCCGCGAAGGUUCUUGUGGAGCUGGCCGAGCUCCAGGACCGGGAGGUUGGAGAUGGAACUACCUCCGUCGUCAUCAUUGCUGCAGAGUUGCUCAAGGUGAUGGAACGGGCUUUUUCUUCUCAUAUGAUUUUCCCUGCUAUUUGUGCUCACACAUGGUGUUCCUUUUCUUUUUACCAGAGAGCAAAUGAACUUGUGAGGAAUAAGAUUCACCCGACCUCUAUUAUUAGUGGCUACAGGCUUGCUAUGCGCGAAGCUUGCAAGUAUGUUGAGGAAAAGCUGUCUGUCAAGGUGGAUAGACUUGGAAAAGACUCCCUUAUAAACUGUGCUAAAACUAGCAUGUCCUCGAAACUGAUUACCACGGACGGUAAUUUCUUUGCAAAUCUGGUUGUAGAAGCAGUUCAAGCUGUGAAGACUACAAACUCCAAGGGAGAAGUGAAGUAUCCAAUCAAGAGCAUUAAUAUUUUGAAAGCUCAUGGUAAAAGUGCCAAGGAAAGUUACCUGCUGAAUGGUUAUGCGCUGAACACUGGCCGUGCAGCUCAAGGAAUGCCUACCAGAGUAACCCCUGCUAGAAUUGCUUGUCUUGAUUUCAACCUUCAGAAGACGAAAAUGCAAAUGGGUGUUCAAGUCCUUGUAUCCGAUCCAAGGGAACUUGAGAAGAUCCGUGAGAGAGAAUCUGACAUAACAAAGGAGCGAAUUCAGAAAGUUCUCAAGGCUGGUGCUAAUGUUGUAUUUACCACCAAGGGAAUUGAUGAUAUGUCAUUGAAGUACUUUGUUGAGGCUGGAGCAAUUGCAGUAAGACGUGUGCGCAAGGAGGACUUGCGCCAUGUUGCCAAGGCUACAGGUGCAACAAUGGUGACUACUUUUGCUGACAUGGAGGGUGAAGAAACAUUUGAUCCAUCAUUCCUUGGACAUGCCAGUGAGGUUGUUGAGGAAAGGAUUUCUGAUGAUGAAAUAAUUCUGGUGAAAGGCACAAAGAAUACAAGUGCGGUCUCCAUUAUACUUAGAGGAGCAAAUGAUUUCAUGCUAGAUGAGAUUGAACGGUCUUUGCAUGAUGCACUGUGCAUUGUGAAGAGAACUUUGGAAUCCAAUACGGUAGUUGCUGGCGGUGGUGCUGUAGAAGCCGCAUUAUCUGUGUACCUGGAGAAUCUUGCUACAACUCUUGGAUCCAGGGAACAGCUGGCGAUUGCUGAAUUUGCAGAAGCUUUGUUGAUCAUACCGAAGGUCCUCGCUGUUAAUGCCGCAAAAGAUGCAACUGACCUUGUUGCACAACUUAGGGCAUAUCAUAAUAAAGCUCAAACCAAUGCUGAUAAGCAGCACUUAUCAAGCAUGGGUCUUGACCUGACGAAAGGUGUAAUCCGCAACAACCUUGAACAUGGCGUGAUCGAGCCAGCAAUGAGCAAAGUGAAGAUCAUUCAGUUUGCCACAGAAGCAGCCAUUACCAUUGUGAGGAUCGACGACAUGAUCAAGCUCGACAAGGAAGAGUCUGGCCAAGAAGAGUAGCCAUAUGCCAUUUUAUGAUGGGCGUUUGCUGUUUGUUACGCGAUGGCUGGUUGCUAUAGGCUCUUAGAUUGCUGGUUGUGGUUUUCUUUUUCCAACUUAUGUUAGCAUACGUUCUUGUAGAAUGUUGUAUGGAAGAUCGAUGCAUGAAGGUGUAUUGCUGUGUGUUUCGCUGUAUGUGGGGUAGCAGAACGACUUGCGAAUGGAAAGAAAUUUUGUCUGUA